AUGCAACAUAAUGACAGCUUUUCUGACCUUCUUCCAGCAGGUACCAAAUACAACCUGUCAACAAAAUUAAAUAGCGAUAUAUUGCCAAUAAGAAAGGAGAAGAUUAGGAAGACACCCGAUGUAAAUGAAGAAAUUAAACCAAUUACCACUCUAACUAAUAGAUCCGAAUCAUCUUUUGGAAUUACAUUAAAAGUAGCCAACUAUCCUUCAAGAAAUAGUACUCCAACGAUCGGCAAUAGAAUACCAAGAUUUAAAGAUGCAUCCAAACGUCCCAACACUGCUCCUAUACAACAAUUAUCAACCAAUCUAAUGAAUAAGAGAGUGUCAUUCUCUGAAGCAGCAGAGGCAGAUAGGAAACAAAGUGGCUCCUCUCAGAAAACAUUAAAACCAAAAACACCGCCUCUGACUCCUGGGUUUGUUGAUUACAAAAGAUUUGUAAAACCCUAUGCCUAUUUGGACAAGACAGCCACUUCAUCUAAUGUUAGUGUCUCUCAAAAUCAAGCUAAUCCUUCAUGCUCAUCAUCUUCUGUACCAAUAAGUAGUGGCAAAAUGAAAGCAUUGUCAGUUGAGAUGGAGAUACACAUGUUGGAAAAUAUUGAGAGAUUGAAAGGAGUGGAAGAAAAUGAACACGUUCUUAGGAAUAGAUUCCUUCAGAUAUAUUCGGAGACUUUUGAGGAGAUUAUCAAGGUUUGUCCAUUUGGGAAAAUAUUGAGAAUGAUUAAAGAUUCCUAUGAGAAGGAUGUUCUGAUUGCGAAUAAUAUAGAUGAGAAGAAACACUACGAUGAAUUAGUGAUCUUAUACACGAAUGCUCAAAAUAAUUUGAACAAGUUAGAUAGAGAAUAUAAGCAAAUAGUAAAAGAAAACAAUCAACUGAAAAAUGAAUUGAAGAGACAGAAGAGCGAUAGUCAAAGAUAUAAGAGUGAAAUUGAGAGAUUGACUCAAUUACAAUCAGAAAUAACAUCGAGUGUAAAACCAGAACUAAGAAAUUUAUUAAAUAAGAAGGACAAGGCAUCUGUCCAGUCUAGAGCAUCAUUGAAUAAUGUAAUAGGCUCUAAACGAUCCAACACAUCUCCAAGGUCAUUUAGAAAUGAGAGCGCAAAAUCUAGGUUAUUUAAUCAUUCAGAAGAAAAAGAUGAGAAACCUGAAAAGAAAGAGGAAAAGUCGGAAGAUAUUGAGGAGGAUAUUUCUCCCUCUUCAAGGCAGAACAAUUUACAGAGAUCCAACAGUAGAAAAUCCAUUCAUUCUGAUGACGGAGAAGAGGAGGAAGAGCAAGAGGAUGUCAAUGAUGAAGAGGAUGAAACCAAGACAGAGUCGCUAAGAGAAAAACUGCUGCGGAAUGCAAGACAGCAACGAAUGCAGGACAAUGUAGCUCUAGAUUUGGACUAUACAGACCCAAACAUUGUGAAAAAGAUUAAUCAUGGUGUGCCUCCACCAGUUCUUUCUAUUAGGGCUAGUAACAUGAUGUUUAGGUGUGAUUCACAAGAUUCUUUAAGUUUAGAUGGAGAAUAA